AUGUCUCAACGUCGAAAAGGAUAUCAUCCAGGAGGGAAAAGACAGAAACAACCAAAACCAUGUCUUUUCAUCGUACUCCCUCCUGAAAUGUUUAUCAAUGUUUGUCAAUACCUACCUCCGAAAGACUUAUUAUCACUAGCUAGGGUUUGUAAAAGGUUUAAUGGUUAUUUGAGUGCAGAGACUUCUACAACAACUCAGGAAAUUUGGCGUGCAUCGAGAACUGCUUAUUUACCUCAUUUACAAAUGUCUCCACCUGAAGGGAUGACUGAAAGACAAUAUGUUAAAUUGGUUUUAGAACGUGGUUGUCAAUUUUGUGAUAGAUCAAAAAUUCGUAAAGUUUAUUGGGAGAAAGAAGAUCUUCUUCCUGAAUACAUGGAUGAUGGUCGUCUUUCUGAUGAUGUUAUUGCCGGUUUAACUUACAUACCAUCUUGGGUUAGACGUUCUUAUACUUAUAUGAGGAAUUCAAGAAUGUGUCCGUCAAGUCUUUAUUGGACUGAUCAUGUUCUUAAAACGGUUCAGGAAUAUCAAAGUCUUCCACAACAUAUCAGAAAUGAUUGGAUAAAACAAAAAAGAGAAGAAGGUUUGGCAAAGAUGAAAGAAGUCAAUCAACGUAGAUUGGAUUAUGAUCGGGGUAUAAGAGAAUUGGUUCAUCAAAAUUCGUUAAAAAAGAAUGAACGAACUCGUUUAAUUAAAUCAAAAAUACAAGCCAUGAAGUCUGAAAAAAAUGCAAACAAUUGUUUAAAGUAUGAUAAUUUCAUACUUGAACAAUGUCCAACAUAUAACAAUCAUAUGUUUAUGCAAAUACGUCAAUCUCCACAACCUUUUACUGAACGUUCUUGGGUACUUUUGAAAAAGAAAUUAUUAAAAGAAUAUGAGGAACGGCGUAUUUCAAAGAGGCAAGAACGUCAAAAUAAAGAAAAAGCGUGGUGUAGGGAUGUGGUUUUCCAAAUGAGACAAUAUGAUAUUUAUCAACUUGCAAAAAAUUGGUUGCCGGACUCCAGUUUGGAAAAUACCGUUGAUAUUCUUCCUGCAGUAGAUUCCUCAGUGAAUUCUACUAGUUCAAAUAUGGAUAUAGAUGUUCAAGUUUCAUCCACAGUUACUUCUGAAAAUUCGGCCACUCUUAUAUCAAAUAUUCUUAAUUCCGAUUUAUCACAAUAUACUUUGGAUUCUACAAAUAAAUCAGAAACGGAAACGAUAACAGAUGUUAAUACCAUGAACAUUUCGAACACAGAUACUGAUAUUUUAUCCAUGAGUAUUAUGAACCUCAUUAAUACUGAUAUAGAUAGUACUAACGAUGUUAACAUUAAUGAUGUUAACACUAAUGACGUUGACACUAAUGACGUUGACAUUAAUGACGUUAGCACUAACGUAGUUAACACUGAUAUGGUUGACGUUAAUGUCGUUGAUCUUACCGUCGAAACCGAGACAAAUGUAGAGAAAGAAGUUAUUGAUCUUACUGAUGAAUCAGAAACGAAUAUUACUGUAGCAGAAAAAUCUGAAACAUCACAAGAUUUUAUGUCAACAGAAGACGAUAUUAUUGACAUAACAAAUGAGAAAAAUAUUAUUGAUCUUACCAAUGAAUCCGAAACAUCUUCAUAUGGUGAUGUUAAACCUACAUAUUUUGGACCGCUAAAUGAUUAUGGAUUGCCAUUUAGCUUUCCAUCAAAUGACACUACUUUCCAAUUUGAUUGGAAUGAUUGGAUUAAUAUGGAGGAUCAAUUUUCUUCAUACAUGGAUAAUUCAUAUGAUAAUAUGCAAAGUCUUUUAAUAGACAAAUAUCUUCCAUGGUGUCCAUCUUUUCGAAAUCCACCAUUUCACGAUAAUAAUCCUUACAAUCUAUGGGAUGAUGACUUUUUAAUGAAUACUCUUAUGCCAAAAAUCUGGAAUGAAGCAAAGGAAUUACAUAAAAAAUCUAAUGAUGUUAAUCUAACAACUGUACAAGGAGCUGUUUUGAGUGGGUAUAGAGAAAACAAUAUAUUUAAAUGUAAGUUUUGUAAGUUAAUGGGUGAAAAUUAUGGUGAAGCUUCUUAUUUAGAUGUUAGAACCCAUUUACAUUUAGGACAUGGGGUUUAUCAUAUAGAUGACGAAGAGAUGAUUGAAGUAUGUUUAAAUUAUAAUAAGGGCAUCUGUCCCGAUAUAUACAAUGAUACUAAAAGUUAUUUGUUUUCUAUUGGAUAUAACUUCAAACGAUUAAAUGAUUUGGUUAAAUUCUGA